AUGUCCCCUGUCGAUACCCCAAGUUCGUUGCCUCAGAUGACAAACGCUUCAAGCAACUUGGAAAGUCAAGCAGCAAGUACUGAUGAGCAGACAGAGAAUGAAGAAGUCAGACAAGAUCCCGAAUCUCAAGAGAAUGCUGAAUAUGGCAGGGGUAAACUAUUGGAGUUAGCCGCUUGGAAAGACCAAGACCCAACCCAUAUCCUCUUUCGUCGCCAUGUCGAAAAUGGUAGUUUGUGCGUGGAUUUGGAAGCAAAUUAUCUGGAAAAAGAUGCAACCGUGCUCAGAAACAAGGUAGAGUCGGAUGAUGAAGACCUCGAAGAAUGUCAUCAGAGGUUCAUGGCGAGGCUUGAUCAGUUCGGAUACCAAUUCAGCAAGAUCAUGGAGCUUGAUGAGCCAAGCGGGGUUUUCUUAAACAAUUCGUUGUAUCUUGCGAGAGAGAAAUGGGGGGAAGAAAAAGGAAUUCACCUCAGAGCAAAAAACGAAGACUGGGCCUCUCUUUAUAAGACAGACAAACCGGAUCAGUGGAUCUGCUACCUGCUUCACCAUCCCUUAUCUCUCCGUAUCAUGAGAGACAUGAACCUCGUGUCGAACGAAGGCGGUAUCACGAUCACAUUCAUUUCGGGAAGAUAUGCUAGGUUCGCAAUCGUUGGGCUUUUCAACUGUUUUGUCUGCAUCUUCGUGUCAGCACCAGUUGCUAUAUUGACACUUAGCACAAUGACACCGAUGGGCACAAUUGUAACAUACCUAUCGUUUGUUUUGUGUCCUAGGAAGCGUCGUAUGAUGGAAAGAACUUUCGUUUGGCACAAUAGUGCAGGUUCAUUUGGAACAUCGUUACUAGAGAACUGGAGGACUCCAGUGCAGCAACAAAAAAUCGAAGUCCGCAAUUUCUAA